GAAAGUGGUCUGGCUUCACUGGUACACAGUGUACUCCGCGGCGUGCUUGGCCUUCUUCCUGUGGUUCGAGAUGGACGUCGUCACGAGGCACGCCAUCGAGCUCAGCGACACUCAUCGCUUCUUCACCAAGUCCCUACUCGUCCUCUUGCACGUUGUGGUCAUCAUCAAAGCCUGCUGUAACUUCCUCACCAUGGCGGUUGGCGCCCGGAGAAUACUCGAGUUCUUGCAGAAGGCCGAUGCCUUCGAGAAAGAGGUUGGCAUCCCGUCCUGCCUGUGCUGCGGCCAGAGGAACUACCUCUGGACUGAUAUUGGAGGCAUCGUAACUUUCACCGCGUACUUCGUCAGCUACACCGCAGCCCUGAUCCACCAGGAACAAAAGGUCAACCACGACGGCCAGCUGAGCACGCGCGAGAUUGUGGAUCGGGUGUGCGGGUUCUUCGCCGCCUUGUUGUUCUUCACGUACGACAGCGUCAACUUCGUCGCGCUCAGACACUCGGCGGAGGUCUUGCAACGCUACGUCCUCUACCUCAAGCACUGCAUCGACGGGUUUGUCGGCUGCAAGGUGAUCGGCUGCGAAAAGGAGGCUGCGCAGAAGAUCCAGGCGGUGCGUCUGCGCCUCUGCACCGUGCUCGAGCUGAAGAGCGCCAUCAACGCCAUCUGGCAGAGGUCGAUCGUGGUGUCCAGCGUGGGGCUCCUCCUGGUCACGUGCAUCUCUCUCUACACCAUCAUCACAGAGGGGCUGAGGAAGACCGAGCUGUGGAUAGCCAUCGGCUACUCGGCCUUCACGUCGUACGAGUUUCUCGAGCUGGCCAGAGUGAGCCAGUCCCUGUCUAAUGCACUCCAAGCGAUCAAGGAUUCCUGCCGAAAGACACCGACCAUGGACAGCACAACGGCCUACAGUCAUCAGGUCCAAUACUUGCACAGCACGAUCAACCCUGACGACAUCAGCCUCAAUGGAAGCGACUUCUUCAAAAUUAACUUGUCACUUCUCGUUUCGAUGGCGGGUUCCAUUAUAACGUACACGGUCAUACUGGUUCAGACAAGCCCGGAGUACGAGGCGACACCGACGUGCCAACCUGCCCUCGAGGCUACGACCACGCCCGCUAUUACGUAA